UCACAACUCACGCGUGUGAAUGAAACAGCCCAGCGGCUCGAUGACUCUUAAUAGGAGGAGCUGCUCUCUUAUUCUCAAGCCCUUAACAUUUAAGAGCACUCAAGCGGAGUAUAUACACAGGAGAUAUGUGAAAGGUCGUGAAGUCUGAGAAUUUCGCAUCCGAAUUUAAACAAAAAUGGAUUAUAACAUGGGUUUUUAAUUUUAACCAAACGACUGCGCGUCGGCUUUUCUGCACACAAAUGAUUUUUAUCUGGAAGUCCUGAAGAGAGCAGCGAGGACUGAACCACGAUGUGAUCAUUUCUAUUCAAAAAAUGCUACGGAAAGUUUUGAAAGAAGCGAGUUGGAACACAUUUUGGACAUAAAUACAGUAUUUUGGGCUAUAAAGUCUGUAUCUAUGCGAAUCUGAAAGGCAAAGUGUUUUUGUCCAAUGCGGCGGAACAGCAGUCUCGUUUCCAUUUGGCUUCAGCUCGAGCUGUGCGCGAUGGCUGUUCUCCUCACUAAAGGAGAAAUACGGUGUUACUGCGAUGCUCCUCACUGCGUGGCCACCGGUUACAUGUGCAAAUCAGAGCUGAAUGCCUGCUUCACCCGCACCUUAGACCCACAAAGCACCAAGUCUCUUUUAUCUCACGGGUGUUACGACCCUCUGCUGAACUCUGGAAAAACUUGCCAUGCAGAGUCAACCUAUGAUACUGUUCAUGGAUCCACUCUUCAGUGUUGCCAUGAAGAUAUGUGCAACUACAGAGGCCUGCAAGAUCUUGCGUACAGAGGAAGUGACAUUCAUGACAAACACCGACAUCAAACUGAAGGCAGUCGUCACGUGAUUGCACGUCUACAGGAAAUCCCUUCCUCCAAGGAGGUAUGGUUCCGUGCUGCAGUCAUCACCGUUCCCAUCGCUGGUGGCCUCAUCUUGGUCCUCCUCAUCAUGUUGGCCCUGCGUAUGCUCCGCAGCGAAAACCGCAGACUGCGACAACAGAGGCGAGAAAUGCUGUCUCGCCUUCAUUACAGCUUCCACGGCCAACACCUUACCAAGGGUCAUGUGGCAAAACUGGACUUAGAGUGUAUGGUUCCAGUAGGAGGCCAUGAGAACUGCUGCUUGACCUGCGACAAGAUUCGACAGUCUGAUCUUAGCAGCCAGCGACUUCUGUCAUUGGUCAACUGGGGAAAGUACAGCGGCCGAGGCAAGCUGGAUUUUGUGUGAUGACUUUAGAAUUUAUUUUCCUUCGUGGGACUUUUUUGACUAAAACUUGUUUUAUUUUAACACUUCAAAUGGAGGAGCAGCAAACAAGAACUCAAAAGAGAACACUUGAAAGCACUAACCAUAUGGUUUUUGCUCUAGAAGCACUUUACUUGAAUUAGAGACUUGAGGAGAAGACUGCUUGUGUAUAAGCUGCGACGAGGAGCAGCUUUGUGCUGGUAUUCUUUAUAACCGAAGGAUUCCAAGAAAUAUAUUUGGUUUAAACGUUUGCACUUUUUGUAUAAAGAAACUAUGGUUGAUUUGCUUUAAUAGUGGUGUACGACUAGUGUGUCAACAUUCUCAUAAAAAUGUGUGCAAAAAUUAACUGGUACAACAGCUUGUCACUGGGGCGAUACCCUUUAAAGGUAAUCUUGGUACCUUAUUUACCCUUAAAAAGUUCAUAGUAGUACCUUAAGGGUACAUAUUACUACUCAGUCAGGGGUAGAUGAGGUACAAAGUUGUCCCUUUAAACGUACUUCCCCAGUGACAAGCUGUUGUACCCCUAAAAGUAACGUUUUUGCACAUUUUUUCUGACAGUGAAGAAUGACUGCUGGUGUGAAUGUGUAACUUUUCACUGUUAAAGUUAUAGUUCACCCAAAAAUGAAAUUUCUGUCAUAAUUUACUCCCCCUCAUGGUGUUCUAAACCUUUCAGCUGUUUCAGUAGAAACUUUGAAGCUCCAAUAAGGACAUAAAAGAAGGAAUAAACAUAAUCUAUACAACUCUAGUGGUUCAAAUUAAAGUCUUCUGAAGCAAUAUUAUCACUUUGUACAAUGAACAAGCAACAUUUUAAAAAGUAUUAAUUCACAAAUCAAAUCAAAUCAAAUCAUUGAUAAACUCAUGCAUACAUAGCCCAAAUCAAAUAUGCCGAUACAUCAAUUAAACCAUUAAACCUUAUUGGUGCUGUGGUUAUGAUGUUAAGGAGAUUGAAUGUUUUGGAUCUUAUUGACUUUAUAUUAGAACUGAAACACUUCUGUGUUCCACAAAGUCAGGCAAGUGUGGAGUGGCAUGAGUGUGAGUAAAAGAUUUUUGACUUUUUUUUUGUUUUUUUGUUGGGGGUGGUUGAACUAACCCUUUAAUGUUCACCAGUCACCUCUGGCCUGCUUGUAGAUUUUACUCACUGUAAAGAUGUUUCACUGUAAAUAUUACAUGUUCAACAAA